AUAUACAACACUCUGAUUUUAAAGAAAGAAAUGGCAUCCAAAUUGGGACCACCAAAUCCUGUUCCCUGUGCUCAUUACGGUCAAUUCUUUCAAAAAAAUCCCAACCUUUGUCAAGCAGUAGGAUGUGAUUGUUUUCAUCCUUCUCUAGUUUCUCCUCCUCUUCUUUAUCCACCGUCUUUGCCGUCGCCGCAGCCACCACCACCACCAUUACCUUCUCCUCCGUCAUUGUUGCCGCCACCACCACCAUUGUCACCGUCACCGUUACCGCCACUAGCUCUUUCUCCACCAAUGUCGCCACCACCACGACUUUUCUUUCCUGACUCUCCGCCUCCUCAAACUUUUCUGCCGACGAAACCUUCCUCUAAACCAACCCAGGUACUACGUUUUCCUCCUCCAACUUCAACUCCGGCACCAUUUUUUUCGUCAAGUGGCCUCAUCGUUGAAAUGGCGGCAGCAAUCACUUUUGCCAUUUUGAUUGUGGUGCUUUGCACUUUUGGCAUUUUUCAUUGGAAGAAUAGGAAGAGAGAACAUGAUAAAAGCCUCGGACUUAAAGGCAAUAGCGGCAUAAUGGAAAUGUCAUCAAAGAACAGAAUAUUCAGAUACGAGGAGUUGGCAGUUGCAACAGAUGGGUUCUCCAAAGCAAAUUUGCUUGGAGAAGGUGGAUUCGGUUUUGUCCACAAAGGACUCCUUCCAAACGGCAAGGAGGCUGCCAUCAAACAGCUCAAGGAUGGAAGUAGGCAGGGAGAGCGUGAAUUCCAAGCUGAAGUAGACAUAAUCACCAGGGUUCAUCACAGGAAUCUCGUUUCUUUGCUUGGAUAUUGCAUGGCCGGCCACCACAGGCUUCUCGUCUACGAAUUUGUUCCAAACAAUACAUUAGAGUUCCAUCUACAUGGGCAAGGUCCUACUAUAGAUUGGCCUACAAGAAUGAGGAUUGCUCUAGGAGCUGCUAAGGGAAUAGCAUAUCUUCAUGAGGAAUGUUAUCCUAAGAUCAUCCAUCGUGAUAUCAAAGCUGCUAACAUUCUCCUCGAUUUUAAUUUCCAAGCGAAGGUUGCUGAUUUUGGGCUUGCAAAGUUUUGCCCCGAUAUGAAUACGCAUGUUUCCACUCGAGUCAUGGGAACUCUAGGGUAUGUAGCUCCUGAAUAUGCUUCCAGUGGAAACCUCACUGAAAAAGCCGACGUUUUCUCCUUCGGAGUCAUGCUUCUCGAGUUAAUUACUGGCCGCCGACCAAUAAUUGAUUCACAUCAUACUUUCAUGGAGAAGUGGUUUCGUGAAUUCUCGCAGGCAAUGCCUUUGCUAACAAAGGUUUUGAAAGAGAAUAAUUUUGAAGUUGUAGCUGACCAAAAGCUACAAAAUCAGUAUGAACCAACCGAAAUGGUUUCCAUGCUGGCCUCUGCAGCUGCUUCUAUACGAUAUGAAGCAAAGCUUCGACCAAAGAUGAGCCAGGUAAUAAUAAAAUACUCAUAAUUUUGACUUUUAUUA